AUGCCGCUGAGGCCAAUCGGCGGGAUCGGCGCUUGCGCCGUCGGGGAUCUCGCAAAGGCACGGGGCCUCGCCGCCGACGCGGAGUGGCUGCCGGCGCAUGCCGCCGACAAGCACGGGAGCACAGCGCUCAUGUGGGCGAGCGGGGGGGGGCACUUGCCCGUCGUGCGCUGGCUGUGCGAGGAGGUUGGCGUCGCCGUCGACGCGGCGAACAAGGACCGGCGCACUGCGCUGCAGUGGGCGUGCAAGACGGGGCAGUGCGAGGUUGCCGCCUACCUGCUCGACGUGGCUGGCGCCGACCCGACCUUGCGCAUGAAGGACGGGUCGAGCGCCUUCGAUUGGGCCGUGCUCUCUGGAGACGUGCCGUCGAUGGAGCUUCUGGCCUCGCACCCGCGUGUCGACAUCGCCGCCCUCAACAAGUUUGGCUGCGCGGCGGUGCAGUGGGCGGCCGCCGCCGGCAGCGUGGCGACGCUGCGCUGGCUGCAGUCAAAGAGGCUCUCCCUUGGCCACGUGAACGACGCAAACCACGGCGCGGUGGUCAAGGCGGCGUGGAAGGGACAUAGAGAGGCACUCGAGUGGCUUCUCCUCGCCGCCGACGGACCACAGCUCGUCGAGCAGCUCGACCUUCUCGACCUAGAAGGCCGCACGGUUGCUGACCUUGCACGGCAGAACGGGCAGGGGCAUGUGGCCACAUGGCUCGACGGCCUCAUCCGCGAGCGGAGCGGCGGCGCAAAAGGGGUAGGAACCAGUUAG